GCCAAGUAUCGCAAAACCCCUGAACCCCUUCGCUCCCAAAAAAGCGGCUGAUGGAAAGGGAACAGCAGCAAGAAGAGAGAUAGAGAAGCGCAGAGAGAUGGAUCACGUAGCGGCAGUGGAAGAACGAAUAGUAUCCGAUAGAUUGAGAAGGAAGCUCGAGGAAGUGAACGUCGCGGCGCAGGAUCAGCUCUCUCCGAUCCAAGACCACGUCAACUUCACUUUCCAGCAAGCGUACUUCAAAUGUGCGUAUGAGUGCUUCGACAGGAGGCGGGGGCAGGAGGAGAUCAACAGCUGCGUGGAGCGUUGCAGUGUUCCGGUUGUCAAUGCCAAUAAUAUUGUUCAAAAUGAGAUGGCCAAAUUUCAGGAACGAAUGAACCGGUCUCUGAUGGUAUGCCAAGACAAGUUUGAAGCAGCAAAACUCCAGCAGAUUAAAACAAGUGUCAUGAAUGACUUGGAGUCCUGUGUCAAUCAGGCUAUUGACGAGAAUAUAAAAACCCUUCCUCACAUUGUUGACCGUAUCAAGGCCUCUGUCUCUAUCAGUUGAAAGUUUGACUGAAUUUGCUUCAAUAAUUCAGAGCAUCAUUAUUCAAGAUGUGGUCAUAAAAAAUUUUAGGCUAUAGACUAUGUAAUAUUGAGAUAUCUUUGGUAGAAUUUUCAGCAGCAGGCUGGAUGGGAAGUCCAGGACUGUCCUUCCCAAUCAAGUGGCUUGAGAAGAAGUAUCGAUUCAUUCACUCAUAAUUCAUAGCUGUACUUCUAAAAUCUAUACUUAUCAGCCACCUUUGUAUCCAGACAAAAAGUAGUUUCAAUUGGGUCUGUGCCAUAGACUUUGUAGGUGGCUUCUCACAGGUGAUUUUUCUUGAAAAAUAAAGCUAUUUAAAUUUAAAACUAGUGUGGAUCUUCUAUUA